AUGGAUAUCUCGCCGUCCACCUCGUUCUUUAGUGCGUUCCGAAGUCUAUCAAAACGUUAUCGACGCCAGGGGAUCACAGAUGCAGCCACCAGGUUAGAGGCGGUGGUGGAACGGGCCAGCAACGAGGAUUCGGGCGACCCUAGUGCUGCUUUGGUGCGUUUCGGGGGAUUAGUCCUCACCUUUCUGGAACGGGGUCAGUGGAACGCCGCCGUAGAUGUCGGGACCAUCGUGGUUGACGCCCGACGAACCCUGCUGGGCCCCAACGACCCGCUCACUAUGAUAGCGAUACACAACCUAGUCUCGGCGUACUAUGGCCAGGGCCGUUGGACGGAAGCGAUCGAUUUGGGCCGCCAGGUGACUGAGGCUAGGCGGAGGGUGCUGGGGGAGGAUCACCCGCAGACCAUGGCCUCCAUGUCCAACCUGGCCUCCGCGCACCGCAAGCAAGGACAUUGGCGACAAGCCGAAACGCUGGAAUUGUGUCUAUUGGAGAUCAAGACACGACGAUUGGGCGAGGAUCACCAGUCCACCCUAACCUCAAUGGGAAACUUGGCGACCACGUACAGCCACAUGGGAAGAUACGAUGAGGCAGAGAGGUUGGAGAAGAGGGUGAUUGAACGUAGUGCGCGAGUACUGGGCGACCACCACGGGUCCACCUUGACAUGGAAGUCCAAUCUGGCGGCCACAUAUCGAGAGCAGGGUCGCUUAGGGGAGGCAGAGAAGCUCGAGUCCGAGGUGAUGGACAUCCGAAUAGAAAGCCUCGGAAUCCAGCAUCCCCUGACGCUCACUUCCAUGGCCAACCUGGCAUCGAUGUACCGCGACCUCGGUCGGUUGGACGACGCGGAACAUCUCGAAACGCAGGUCGUCGAGACAAGCAAGAUAGAGCUUGGCGAUCAGCAUCCCCAGACACUGAUGUCCAUGAUUAACCUAGCAUCCACGUACCGAUGUCAAGAUCGGCUAGAGGAGGCCGCCAGGCUAGGGGUACAAGCAGUGGCCGCGAUGAAGUCGAUCUGGGGGGACCAGAACCCCUUGACGCUUACCGCCAUGGCCGAUCUGGCCUUGACAUACCAGGGGCAAGGACACACUGACAGGGCGGAGGCAUUGACGGCGCAGGUGCUGCGAUUGAUGCAGAAGAACCUCGGGUCCCUCCACCCCCAUACACUAACCACCAUGGCGAAUCUGGGAGCCAUCUACCAGUCACAAGGGAGAUGGGAUGAGGCCGAGAAGCUCGCAGAACAAACAGUUCGCGGUCGGGAGAAGGUGCUAGGAAAAACACAUCCCGACACGCAGGCGUCCAUGGAAGACCUGGUGCGCGUCUGUCGAGUCUUAGCGGCGGAUCGGACAACGGCGAUGCGCGUCCGGAAUGUACAUCAUUGA